AUGGCAAACCACCCAAGCCCAAUCCCUUUUGACUCUGUCCUAUCGGUCGACAACAAACCUGGUGUACCAUUUGACUGGAAUCCAACUCCGGAGGAAGAAGCCCGCAUCUUCAAACGAUGGCAAGGGUUCACGAUAGCUGAACGAUCAAAAGAUACCUCGUCUUGGGUAUGGGAAUACGGUAUUGAGAUCCAGUCUCCGAAGACGAGACGAUGGAUUUGUAUGCCCUGUAUCCGUCAAAAAAGCAACAACCCGCAAUCCUACGAUUCCAGAGGCACACAGAAUGCUGAACAUCACUUGUGGAAGUCCCACGGUCAUUGGGAUGUAUCUGGAAAGCGCCCCGUACCCUCGUUGACCAAGGGAGGGAAGAGGAUGUUCCCUUCUAUUACAGAUAUCUUCAAUCUCAGCCGAGACGACCCAAAGGAGCAGUCCUUGGCUAACAAUCUGAUUAAACGCUUUGAUCGAGAGCACUUCCAAAAGCUUGUUGUCAACUGGAUUGUCGAUAGUCAACAGUCUUUCCAACAGGCCGAGAACCCUCGCCUCCGGCACAUCUUCGAAUAUCUUAACCCUGCUGUUCAGGUCACGGACGCCCACAUCUCGAGGCAUACUGUUCGGCGGCUGGCAAUUCGAUACUUCGAGAAACACAAGACGAGGGUGAAGGGAAUACUGAAGGAAGCUCCCGGGCAGAUCCACAUUGCCUUUGACGGGGCUAGGAGCAGGAACCGGCAUACAUUAUAUGGAAUUACGGCAUUAUUCAGGAACGUUAAGAAUGAGCCGCAGAAAAUCGUCCUUGGGCUUCCUGAACUAAUCAACCGCCACACCGGAGAGAAUAUCGCGGCAGAGGUACUCGACGUCAUUAGGUCCUUUGGCAUAGAGGACAAGCUCGGCUAUUUCACUCUCGACAACGCGGGCAACAACGAUACAGCGAUGGAGAUUAUCGGCCAAAAUAUCGGCUUCGAUCCUAUCCAGCGCCGGGUCCGUUGCACGGGACAUAUACUCAACCUCGUUGUCAAGGCUCUCCUCUUUGGAAAGGAUGUCGAAGCCUUUGAAGAAUCCCUCGUUAAGGGAGAGCUUCUUGCCAGGGCAGCACACGAUGAGUGGAUGAAGAAGGGGCCGGUCGGAAAAGCCCACAACUUUGUAGUUUGGGUUCAUCGGUCGGAUAUGUUAACCCAGCUGCUCAGGCAGUUGCAACGGGAGUAUUUUGCAGCGUCCGAAGAUCCAGAAAUACAGAGCCAGGGUCCACUGGAUGUCCAUCUCGACAACGAUACAAGGUGGCUGUCCCAAUAUUACAUGAUCCGGCGGUUGCUUAAGUUGCAGCCCUUCUACGACGAAUUCAUUAUCAAGGCGAAGAGACUUUUCCAAGAAGCGAGGAAAGGCGAGAGAGAUACCAAGUUGCCACCCUGCCUUGAGAAGAAGAGCCUUCUUGGCGACAAUGACUGGGCAGUCCUCAGAGCCUUUGAGAAUAUCCUUCACGACUUCUACGUUGUUGUCCAAGUCCUUCAGGGAGAUACUCAGUCCCGUAGGCGAUCGACCGGCGUCGAGGAGACCUUCGGAUCGAUGACUGAUGUUCUGGAAGCCUUUGAGUUUCUGCUCGGUAAACUGGAAGAAGCGAAGGCCCUUAUUCACCAGUAUCCUGAGCCAGAGCAGUUCGGCUUCAAUAUUAACUUGGGCUGGAUGAAGCUCGACAAGUAUUACCGCACUCUUAAGGAUUCGCCUGUCUAUUAUGCUGCUGCUGCUUUACACCCAGCUGUCCGUUGGACAUACUUCGACGAUAUCUGGAGUCAGGACCAUCCGGAUUGGAUUCAAGAGGCGAAAAACCUUGUCCAGACGCUUUGGGAUACGGAGUAUUGUAAUUUGGAAGUCAGGACUACGCCUAAUGAAGGCCCUGUUGUCAAGAAGCGCAAGACGAAGCUGUCUUCCUUUGAUAAGUAUCGCGAGGCCCAUCGGCGAGGCCAGAAUCCCGAGACAAAAUUUAAACCUGACGUACAAUCAAGCGCUUUCCCUCUAAGCCUAACUGAGGCGUUAAGCUACAACUACCGCUAUCCGGAAGCUUUUGAUAACUCGAGCUUCGUGUUCUUGCCUUCUGAGCUCGGAGAAACUGAUCGGGGCGAGGCGGUCAUCAUGGGGGCUCUCUUGUGCCAGUGA